ACUCAUAUCGUGGCGUGUAGGGGAUUUGUGGACUACAUCAUGAACAACCCAAUCGCAAAAGACUUUGCAAAGUGGGUAAAAAACGCAGUGGUCCCGGAUGAAACAUUUUUCCCGUCUCUUAAUCACAACCCGCACCUCAAGGUGCCAGGCUCAGCCUUAGUACAUAUACAAACGAAUACACGGAAACCCUACAUUGCUCGGUUCAAGAAUUGGGGAGCUGCUUGGGGAGACGGUAUUAUGAAUUGGCCCUGUAAAGGAAAGCGCGUGAGGGAUAUCUGCAUAUUUGGUGUAGGCGAUCUCCGUCUGUUGACGUCACGCAUGGAACUGUUUGCCAACAAGUUCUACAUCAAUUAUCAGCCACGAACAUUUGAAUGCAUAGAGGAGUGGCUGAGAGAAAGAGCCAUGAAUGGAGACAAACAGAACAACACCAUCGACUAUGAAUAUUACCGAAAUAUGGAAUAUCUGAAAUAUAUCUAUAGAAAUGGCACACUUGUGUAGACGUGUAGGUUUGGGACUUAUGACACUGGAAUGUUUAGUUUGUAGAGCAUGAUAACAUCAGCGUCCCACGGAUACAGAAACUCACCUUUUGGGUGUUUUUAAACUUUCUUUUACUGAAAUAUACACAUUGAUUUCAAAGUCAUUUCAUAUGUUGCCAAAUGUUUACGUUUUGGAUACUUCAUAGAUUUGUGGGGCGGUCGGGUAGCCUUGUGGUUAAAGCGUUCGCUCAUCAGGCCGAAGACCCGGGUUCGAUUCCCGACAUGGUUACAAUGUGUGAAGCUCAUUUCUGGUGUCCCCCACCAUGAUAUUGCUGAAAUAUUGCGGCGUGAAACCAAAUUCACUCGCUCAAAGGUUUGUACUCAAUACGUUUCCUCAUCACCCGUGAAUACAGGGUUAUAGUCAAAACGGCCUCAAAAGUCAGUCAAAACGGCCAAUGUGAGCAGGACAUGUACAGAAUAGGCAUGAUAGAUGUUGUUGUUAAUAACAAAUAAAUAUCCAAUGUGAGCAGGACAUGUACAGAAUAUACAUGAUAGAUGUUGUUGUUAAUAACAAAUAAAUAUCCAAUGUGAGCAGGACAUGUACAGAAUAUACAUGAUAGAUGUUGUUGUUAAUAACAAAUAAAUAUCCAAUGUGAGCAGGACAUGUACAAAAUAUACAUGAUAGAUGUUGUUGUUAAUAACAAAUAAAUAUCCAAUGUGAGCAGGACAUGUACAGAAUAGGCAUGAUAGAUGUUGUUGUUAAUAACAAAUAAAUAUCCAAUGUGAGCAGGACAUGUACAAAAUAUACAUGAUAGAUGUUGUUGUUAAUAACAAAUAAAUAUCCAAUGU